AUGUUCAGACGCCCGUCAUUUCUCAGAAGCCGGCGACAUGAGGAGCGUGGUGGUGAUUGGUCGGCGUUUCCUAUACGCCAACUUUUUGUGCUAGCACUUUGCCGAAUCUGCGAGCCAAUCGCGUUCAUGUCGAUUUUUCCCUAUGUCUAUCACAUGGUGGAAUCGUUUCACGUGACGGACAAUGAUCGCAAGAUUGCCCUGUAUGCAGGGUUGAUCACAUCCUCGUUUACUUUCGCGGAGUUCUCAGCGGGCAUGUUUUGGGGCCGAAUGAGCGACAAGAUUGGCAGGAAACCCGUCCUGGUCAUGGGUUUGAUUGGAACCGCAAUCAGCAUGGUUGUCUUUGGAUUCGCUCCCAAUUUGCCGACAGCUAUGAUCGCUCGGGCGUUGGGUGGCCUGUUGAACGGAAAUAUCGGCGUCCUGCAGACAACCGUUGCGGAGAUUGUCACUGUCAAGGAGCAUCAACCUCGCGCCUACUCCAUUCUGCCUUUCGUUUGGUGUCUGGGGUCGAUCCUUGGUCCUGCGAUGGGCGGUGCGUUGUCACAGCCAUGCAAGAACUAUCCUUUGCUAUUCUCACGCGAUACCAUCUUCGACAAAUUCCCGUUCCUGCUGCCCAACUUGGUCUGUGUUGUCAUCUUGGUGACUGGGGUGGUGGUUGGUUUGCUAUUCUUGGAGGAGACGCAUCCGGAAAAGAAGCAUCGUCGUGACCGUGGUCUGGAGCUGGGCAAUUGGUUGGUUGCAAAGUGCUGGGGGGGUUCUCGCGUGCAAAGUGCGGAGGCAGAUGUCAAAGCGGACACAGCCGACUCUGGCUAUUUUGACGACUAUGAUGAGAUGGCCCCGCCACCAUACAGGAGCACAGAAACUUCGCCUCGUUUGGGCCCAGUGGAAGAGGUCGACACUCUUUCCGAUGAUGACGACAUUGAGAAGCAGAUGGACGGGCAGUCAGGUGGAACAGCCAAGGCCUUUACGAGGCAAGUUGUCUUUAACAUUAUCGGAUAUGGAAUUCUUGCAUACCAUAGUAUUUCCUUCGACCAAUUGAUGCCCGUCUUUCUGAGCACGCCGAAGUCAGACACCGAUGUCACUUUGCCCUUCAAGUUCACUGGUGGCCUAGGGCUCUCCACCAAGACAAUCGGAUUAAUGCUCGCUGUCCAGGGUGUAUACUCGAUGAUCGCCCAGCUUUGGUUAUUCCCAUUCGUCGUUCGCCACUUUGGAACCCUGCGCACAUUUCGCUUCGUCCUGCUCGUUUGGCCGCCGCUCUAUUUGCUAGUUCCGUAUCUCAUCCUCUUGCCCGAGAAGCUUCAGAUGACCGUCGCCUAUGCCGCCCUGAUGUGCAAGAUCACCUUUCAUGUUAUCGCGUUUCCCUCCACUGCCAUCCUCCUUGCCAACGCAGCACCUUCCUCCAGAGUCCUGGGCUCCAUAAACGGUGCGGCUGCAUCAACAGCUAGCCUCAGCCGUGCCUUUGGCCCGAGUAUAACCGGCUUCCUUCACUCAAAGGGGCUUGACAGUGGAUACUCUGUCAUCUCCUGGUGGGCGUGCGGUAUCGUUUGCGCCAUUGGUGCUAUCCAAAGCUUCUGGAUAGAAGAAUCUGAGCCACAGGGAGACAUGGACGAGAAGACAACCGAGGACAACGCAUCCGCCAUGGGUAGGAACCCCGUGCGGGGCUCGUUUGCUGCAGACAUGGAAGACGGAAGCCCCGAAGAAGUGCGGAGACUGCUCUCGUCAGCUCGCACAAGUGUCGACGAGCUCGAUGUGCCUAACAUGGCUUCACCGACAACAAUCAAAUCCCGGACUGCUCAUGAGUAA